ACCCCCAUUGGGCAGCAGAGAAGCCCAUCAAGUCCUCGCACCUCACCUAUUAGCCUAAAAUGACUACCGUGUGAAUGCAGUAGAAUAAAUGGCGUCCAAAGUAACAGAUGCUAUAGUUUGGUACCAGAAGAAGAUUGGGGCAUAUGAUCAACAAAUAUGGGAAAAAUCUGUUGAACAAAGAGAAAUCAAGGGUCUGAGAAACAAGCCGAAGAAAACAGGACAUGUGAAGCCAGAUCUCAUAGAUGUUGAUCUUGUGAGAGGAUCUGCUUUUGCUAAAGCAAAACCUGAAAGCCCUUGGACCUCUUUGACCCGAAAAGGAAUUGUUCGAGUAGUUUUCUUUCCAUUCUUCUUCAGAUGGUGGUUACAAGUGACAUCAAAGGUCAUCUUUUUCUGGCUGCUUGUUCUUUAUCUUCUCCAAGUUGCCGCAAUAGUAUUAUUCUAUACAGCAGUAAACCCACAUAAUAUACCUCUAACUGAAGUAAUUGGGCCAAUAUGGCUAAUGUUGCUGCUUGGAACUGUGCAUUGCCAGAUUGUUUCAACACGAACUCUUAAACCAUCACUUAGCACAGGGGGUAAAAGAAGAAGGAAAUUAAGGAAAGCAGCACAUUUGGAAGUACAUAGGGAAGGAGAUGGCUCUAGUACCACAGAUAACACACAGGAGGGAACAGUGCAGAGCUUCGGUACAAGCACCCCUUACAGUAUUGGCGCUGUCUUCAGAGAUAUCUGGCAUGCUGCUUUCUUUUUAUCAGGAUCAAAGAAAGCAAAGAAUUCAAUAGAUAAAUCAACAGAGACUGAUAAUGGCUAUGUCUCCCUUGAUGGGAAAAAGACAGGCAAAAGCAGUGAAGAUGGAGUACAGACCCAUGAGCUCCACUGUGAAGUGAUUAGGUCAGAAGAGGGAGGUUGGAACGCUGGUACUCUAAGAAACACUUACAACAAUCAUAAUCAUCACAAAGAUACACAAAGGACAGUAACAAAUAUAUCUGAUGAAGUUUCAAGUGAGGAGGGAGCUGAAUCUGGAUAUCUCUUACGCCGUAAUGUAGAACGUGCUUCUAGUGACUGUGCUCUUCGAAACAGAAAGUCGCACCAUUAUAAGAAACACUACGCUGUGGAGGAUCCCCCUAAAUCAGGGACUAGUUGCAGUUCUCGGUGUUCAAGUUCCAGACAGGAUUCUGAGAGCACAAGGCCAGAAUCGGAAACUGAAGAGGAGUGCCGCUCUACCUGCACCAGUGAGACAGAUGUUGAAAACCCUCAAGUUAAUCCAUGUGUGAAAAAAGAAUACAGAGAUGACCCAUUUCAUCAGAGUCAUUUGCCGUGGCUCCAUAGUUCCAAUCCAGGACUAGAAAAAGUAAGCGCUAUUGUAUGGGAGGGUAAUGAUUGCAAGAAGGCUGAUAUGUCAGUGCUUGAAAUCAGCGGCAUGAUAAUGAACAGAGUGAACAGCUACACACCAGGAAUAGGAUACCAGAUUUUUGGAAAUGUAAUCUCUUUAAUCCUGGGUUUCACACCAUUUAUAUUUCGACUUUCCCAAACUAAAGAUUUGGAACAGCUAGCUACACAUUCUGCCUCUGAACUUUGUGUUAUUGCAUUUGGGUCAAAUGGAGACAUACUAGUUCUUUCUAUGGUUAUAAUAAGUUUUGUAGUCCGUGUGUCCCUUGUAUGGAUUUUCUUUUUUUUGCUAUGUGUAGCAGAGAGAACAUAUAAACAGAGGCUUCUUUUUGCCAAACUCUUUGGUCAUUUAACAUCUGCUAGAAGGGCAAGAAAAUCAGAGAUUCCUCACUUCCGGUUGAAGAAAGUGCAAAAUAUAAAAAUGUGGCUCUCUCUCCGGUCCUACCUAAAGCGUCGAGGUCCUCAACGGUCAGUCGAUGUAAUCGUUUCAUCUGCCUUCUUAUUGACAAUCUCAGUUGUAUUUACCUGCUGUGCUCAGUUGCUUCAUGUGCAUGAGAUCUUCCUUGAUUGUCACUACAAUUGGGAACUAGUGAUUUGGUGCAUUUCAUUAACUCUCUUUCUCCUAAGAUUUGUUACACUUGGAUCUGAAACAAGUAAAAAAUACAGCAAUACCUCAAUAUUACUUACUGAGCAGAUAAAUCUAUAUUUGAAAAUGGAGAAGAAGCCUAAUAAGAAGGAGGAACUGACACUAGUAAACAAUGUUUUAAAACUUGCAACUAAACUCCUGAAGGAAUUGGACAGCCCCUUCAGGUUAUAUGGGCUUACAAUGAACCCACUGCUUUAUAAUAUCACCCAAGUUGUCAUCCUGUCUGCCGUUUCUGGUGUUAUCAGUGACUUGCUUGGAUUUAAUCUAAAGCUCUGGAAGAUCAAAUCAUGACAAUACACAAACAGAAGAUAUAGCACAGGAUUCUGAUAAAAUGCAUUGAUUGGCUAAACUUCCUCCGAGCAAUCACUGAAUCUGUGCUUCAGAAGCUCUGGCCUCUUCAAGGAUGUAGUUUAGAAAAUUGAAGUGUUUACAUUUGAUUGUCUUGUGCAAUCUUUAUAUUUAUUUUAUCAUCUCACUGUUUUUUAUGUUUUAGCUGACAUUUGUAUUUUAUUUUCAAGUAUUGGUAUGCUCAGUUAUUGAAAGGUUUAGAAAACUGAUAUCCAGCUACUUGAGAUCCUGGUAACUGGUUGCACUAAAUUACUGUAUUGCGAAAACUAACACCAGUGCUAAGCUGUUAUAUUUCAUAUUCCAUUGAUAAAACAUAUUGGUAGAUUUUAUAGUAUAAAUGAGAUACUUACAAAUAACUUAAAGUACUGACAAUACAGUAUGACAGGUAUUGGAAAUAUUUUAUGUUAACACUAGAACCAAGCUGGUUUCUUACUAUUUUUCUCUUGUCAUGAGUUCAGGAUCUAAACUGAUGAAGCUGCAGUUUAAAUACCCUUGGAUAUUAAUAAGGUAUUACAAAGCAGGUCAACAAGUGCUCUUUGAUAACACUUUUAUUAGAGCAAUAAUUGUAAAUGGUUAAUAUACUGUAAGAUAUUUUGAUAAAAUUAACUAUUGUAUUUAUUUGAAACACUGGGCUAUUUGCACAGAUCUGACUGUGCAUGCUCAAUAUGUGCACUUUUUAUUGUUACUUUUAAUUAGGACCUUUAUAUAUAGUUAAGGGAAUAUAUUAUGGUGGACUAUGGAACAAUAUAUUAUUUUUGCAAGCGAAGUAUUUAGACUUCACUUAUCAGUGAAAAAGUUAAUAGAAGAUGGUAACUUAUAUAUACUCAAAAACAGAACAAAUAUUCUUCCAUAGUACCCUAUAGUAUAUGCCAUUUAUACCACACUUAACUUUAAGAACAAUUGUUUAAAGAAAAGUUUGUAUGUAAUGUAAGUCUCAUUUUUUUGACUGGACAUACCUACACCUCUUGCAACUAUAAAAGUUUGCAAAAUCUGUCAGCUAAAGCUAGUUUGCCAUGAUAUUGUAGUUAAAAAAUGCUGCUAAUGUUAGUAUCAAGAAGCUCCUCUUCAGGGCUUUUAUUUUAGUUGCCAAGUGUCCAUUCUAAGCCCUGAUGCUACUUAGGGAGUGUGAUUUUGAAGACAGAAUUAUUCUGGGGUUAACAGUUUAGAUUAGUUUAAUUGUGACUCAUUAAUUUCUUAGAAUAUUAGGGAGUUUUUGAAUAUGGCAAACCUAGGAAUUCAUCCCUUCAGAGUUCAUUAUUUGUGCUUAAACAUAGCAUCCCACAUACAAAACUAUUAGGAGGGCCAAUAUCAUGUUUGAGUAUCCUUAAGCAUUUUACUUUUAGGGGAACACAUUUAUGAUCAGAAUUCCAAAAAUCAUCUGCUUCGGAUUGGAAAAGAGUAGAAAAUGUAUUAGGCUAUGUAACACAUAUGUAUACAUAUGUUUAAAAAAUCUGUCAUAUGUGACACCAUACUUACUAAUCCUCAGUCAUUAAACAGUUGAGGAUAAUGUGUCUUAAACUUGUGUGGUAUAAAAAUUUUUAUAUGUAAAGCAACACAAACAAGCAUUUUGUAUUUUAUUUGCCUAUGUACUAGUGUUUAAUAAUGACCAAAGUGCAUUCUGGUUUUGAAAGGAAUGUAUUACUGGAGCUUUAAGAACAUGUUGUACUUAGUUUUUCAUGUGAUAAAUUUGGCUAUGUCUGAUUUGUUUCUUCUUCCUCUAUGUUGUCUGAUGUUGGGAUUGUUUUUAGGAAUUAAGUAUAUUUUAUAAAGUUUUUUUUCCAAAAUAUGGUACAGACCUACACAGAACUUCAUUUUGCACAGAAUAUAUUUUAAGGGGGGUGGGGGAAAAACAGCAAGAACUGUGUAGGGGUAAAAGAUGAGGCGGUUUUCACGGCCUGUCACUAUAAAAUUUAUUCCAGAAUGGAAAUAUUUUUGAGAAACUUGCGUUGAAUAUACUGCUUUUAGUUUAAAAAAAAAAAAACGGUUUGGGUUGAAGAUGUAAACUAGUUUCUGACUACAUAUACCUACCUCAGCAACUAGCAGUAUGCUGGAUUGUUACACGAACAGUGGGAGCAUGGGAAGAAUACAAUGAGAGUUUGUAAAAGGAAGCAAAGGGUACUUCACUGUAAAUCCAGACACAUGUAAAUUGCUGUCAUUAGGUAUAUCAAUAAUUCAAGAAAAUAAAAUGAGAGAAAUGGUCUACAUCCCUUAAUAUGGAAAGCUAGUACAAAUAUAGAGGUAAUUAGAAAUAUGGCAGAUCUUGUGUGUUAACUGUUGUUUUUUGCCAUGUUUUGUAACUGAAAGUAUAAUGAGGCUUGGAAUAAAGCAUUCUGUGGCUGAUGGUA